AUGCUGCCCGUCCUACAGGUGAUAUCCUCACGCCAGCAGAAUAUUUUGAAGGGUAUUUUUACUGUAGAACAUUUUGAGCAAAUUGCUUUGUCCACUAGUCUGUACUACAUGGUCAAUACUGGUGUACAAAUGAAACUUGUUUGUACUUUAGCAGAUAUGAAAAAGUUUUUCGGGAUUCAUGCUAUGGUUGGAUUUAUAAAGUUUCCAAGACUGAAGAUAUAUUGGAACGAGAUAUUCAAGUAUGAACCGAGUACAAUGUCUAGGGAGCGGUUCUUUCUUCUCAAAACAAACCUGCUUGUGUUAGACGUUACCUCUGUGAAUCAGUCUGAAGAAUAUGCAAAGAACAUCUGUGGUGAUUAA